CAUAAUUUAUACAUAAUUCUUCAAAUAAUUCUGACAAUCAGAGCAUUACAAAAUUCGUCGAAAUUUAAUUUCGCCAAUUAAUUAUACGCAGAAAAAAUGUGAAAGAGAGAGCUGACUUUGGCAAAGAAUCACAUUUCAGAUCCUUUUAUAGAAAGCCCAUUUCGAUUCUGGCUAUGCGACGAUGUCAGUGCUGAGAUUUCUGUGUGUGUUGGUCGCGGCGCUGGUCGGAGGCGGAGCUGCGGCGGCGGUGGCUGGGACUGCGCCGUACAGAGUUCACACGCUUUUCUCGGUGGAGUGCCAGAAAUACUUCGAUUGGCAGACGGUGGGGCUCAUGCACAGCUUCCGCAAGGCCGGGCAGCCCGGCCCGAUCACCCGGCUGCUGAGCUGCACCGAGCAAGAGAGGAAGAAUUAUAAGGGCAUGGACUUGGCUCCCACCUUUGAGGUCCCUUCCAUGAGCUUGCACCCCAAGACUGGUGAUUGGUAUCCGGCGAUUAAUAAACCAGCUGGUGUUGUCCACUGGCUUAAACAUAGCAAAGAAGCAGAAAAUGUUGAUUGGGUGGUUAUAUUGGAUGCUGAUAUGGUUGUUCGAGGUCCAAUCUUACCAUGGGAGCUUGGUGCUGAGAAAGGCAGGCCAGUUGCUGCAUAUUAUGGGUACUUGAUUGGAUGUGACAAUAUUCUUGCUAAGUUACACACAAAGCAUCCUGAACUCUGUGACAAGGUCGGUGGGCUUUUAGCCUUUCACAUUGAUGAUCUUCGAGUUUUUGCACCAUUGUGGUUAUCGAAGACUGAAGAAGUACGGGCAGAUAAAGCUCACUGGUCGACCAACAUCACUGGUGAUAUAUUUGGAACAGGGUGGAUCAGUGAAAUGUAUGGAUAUUCAUUCGGUGCUGCAGAGGUGGGACUUCGUCACAAGAUAAAUGAUAACUUGAUGAUAUAUCCAGGCUAUGUUCCUAGAGAGGGCGUUGAGCCCAUCCUUAUGCACUACGGCUUAACUUUUAAUGUCGGAAAUUGGUCAUUCAGUAAGUUAGAACAUCACGAAGACAGUAUUGUGUAUGAUUGUGGGCGUCUCUUUCCCGAACCCCCUUAUCCUAGAGAGGUGAAAGAAAUGGAAAGUGAUCCAAACAAAAGAAGGGCUCUAUUUCUUAGUUUAGAGUGUAUAAAUACCAUUAAUGAAGGUUUAUUGUUGAACCAUGAAAAACACAGCUGUCCAAAGCCGAAGUGGACGAAAUAUUUGAGUUUCUUAAAGAGCAAAACUUUCGCGGAGAUAACACAACCGAAACAACUGACUCCAAAAACCCUUGAAAUGAUGGAGGAUGUUCACGAACAGAAGCAAGACGUUGGUGAGCCGGAAAAGCCUCACCCAAAAAUACAUACCAUUUUCUCUACAGAAUGCACCCCUUACUUCGAUUGGCAAACUUUGGGGCUUGUCCAUAGUUUCAACCAGAGCGGCCAGCCGGGGGGAAUCACGAGACUUCUAAGUUGUACAGACGAGGACUUGAAGAAAUACAAGGGACGUGAUCUAGCUCCCACUCAUUAUGUCCCGUCCAUGAGCCGACAUCCAUUAACGGGAGACUGGUAUCCGGCAAUUAAUAAACCAGCUGCGGUUCUGCAUUGGAUUAACCAUGUAAAGACCGAUGCAGAAUACAUCGUGAUCCUGGAUGCUGACAUGAUAAUGAGAGGACCAAUCACACCUUGGGAAUUCAAGGCUGCCAAAGGCAGACCUGUUUCGACUCCCUAUGACUACCUCAUUGGCUGCGACAAUGAGCUUGCGAAGAUCCACACGAGCCAUCCUAAGCUUUGUGACAAGGUUGGAGGCGUUAUCAUAAUGCACAUAACGGAUCUAAGAAAAUUCGCUCUACGUUGGUUGCACAAAACGGAGGAAGUCAGAGCCGAUAUGGCCCAUUGGCCUAAAAAAUUCACCGGCGAUAUUUAUGAAGGUGGUUGGAUCAGUGAGAUGUAUGGUUACUCCUUUGCUGCAGCAGAGAUGAAUCUACGGCAUGUCAUAAGCAGGGAAAUCCUGAUAUACCCCGGAUACAUUCCUGCACCUGGUGUGAACUACAGAGUAUUUCACUACGGCUUGGAGUUUAGGGUCGGUAACUGGAGCUUCGACAAAGCUAAAUGGAGACAUAUGGACGUCGCUGACAAAUGUUGGGUUACGUUUCCCGACCCUCCAGAUCCAUCAACCCUCGACCGGUCUAACAAGGAUUCGUUGCAGCGUGACUUGCUUAGCAUAGAGUGUGCAAAAUCCUUGAACGAGGCUCUACGCGGUUAUUAUAGAAAGAAAUGCCUCGAUCCCAAUUCCUUGCUCCCUCCAACACGAGAAACGCGUCAUCCUCCUUCCUUGACGACUCCGACUCAGAAGGCCCCAGAUCUUCCCACCCCGGAUCAUGAGAAGGCCGGUGAAAUUACAACCGCGAGGAAGAUUGGGAAACUCGAUAAAACUGAGGUCACGAGGCAGGAUUCGGAGGUGAAGAACGAAACUAACGAGCUGUCUCCGCCAGAAGAGACGAACCAGGCCUUCACAUCCAUGAGAGUCUGGAUAAUGUGCUUCUGGGCGUUCUCCAUCAUUGGUUUCUUGGUAGUGAUGUAUGUAAUGGUCUCGAAUCGAAGAGGGCAGAGGAAGCGGGGAAAAGUGUAUAAGCCCAAGAGACGAAGCUCGUAUACGGGAUCAUGGGAACGCAAUGCUGAAACGUCGUAGCUUCCCUUGGUAUAUUAUGAUCUGACUCAUUGCUUGCAGAGAUGCCAAGUGGAGCAACACACUCGUAUCUGAACCGCGGCGCCCGCCUUUCAGCAAAGAAAGACGAGCAUCCAUGGCUCGCUCGUCUCACCGGUGCUGGGUGUGGUUUUGCUUCCAUUUUUUGUAAUCGGAGUUUUUGAUGAACUUGAAAUUAAGUAUACUCGGAGUGUAAUUCUUAGGGAAAAGAUAUUUAUACAGAAUGAAUAAAAUGUGAUUGUGAAACCUUUA